GGUAGUUCCAGUCCAGUUGAACAUGGACUAUAUGUGUGGGAGAAUUUUAUUGCCCGCAAAACUAAAGCAGAAGUUAUCCAUAUAAUAGCACACAGUUACGGGGGAAUUGUCACAGUUGAAUUAGCAAAAAAAUUUUCUGAUGACUUCAGUAAACGAGUUAAAAAGAUAGCCUUCACAGAUUCUGUUCAUGACUUGGACACUCAGAAAGCACCAGGUGAUGUUAGACGAUAUUUCACUAGAGUUGCUGUCAACUGGGUCAGUAGUAAUGAUCCUUUGGAUACACCUCAAGAAUACGGUAGACGUGAGGUGAAGAGGGUCUCAGCAGGUACACCAAAACAUCCAGAAACGUCAUGGUUUGCUUACGAGUCCAUUUUCAAGUUUCUACAAGAUCCAUUGUUAUGAAAAAUAGUAACGCUUAGUUAUAUAUUUAUUUUGUAUUUUAUUUUUGAUCUUGAUAACAAAAUAUUUAAGUAGAAAAAAACACAAUUAUAAUAACUAUUGAUACAACACUUCUGUUUGUGAAGAUUUGUUAAUUUGAAGCAA